CCCCAGAAGGCAACCCAAAACCGCGGCCUCGUUCGUGGAGCAGCAAAGAAAAGCAAAGCAGAACAGAACAGAGCAACGACACGGCACGAUACGAAGCGAUACGAUACGAUACGAUACGAUACAAAAAGACGACCACCCCGCAAUGCCCUUUCCGCCACCGCCCCCUCCGCCGCAGCAGAGGCAGCAGCCGCCCAAUGCCGGCCGGUUUCCUCCUCCUCCCCCGCCGCCCCGGGUACAGCAGCAAACUCGUUCUCAUUCGCAUCCGCAGCAGCAGCCCUUUCCGCCGAGGCCCCCGCCACCGCCCGUGYCGGGGGGCCCACCCGCAACGAACGCGCCCGGUGUUCCCUUCCGUCCGCCACCGGGUCCGCCACCCGGAGGGACGAUCCCGCCGUCGUCGAGGUACCCGGUUCCGCCGAUGGGAAUGCCACCGGCAACCCCGGGACGGUCCCCCGUCUCCGCCCCCCCUCCCGGUCGGUACGCACAGCCACCACAGCUUCCGCCACAACCGCCACACGACAAUUACCAGCACCAACAACRGCACCAACAACAGCACCCGCACCCGCAUGCCCCGCACCAACACCAGCGGCCGCAGCCAAUGGUCARCGGAAGCCACCGAGCGUCCAACCACAWCCUUCCCCGCUGCCCACCGCUGUUCACGCGAUCGUCCGUGGACGGCGACGAAACCAGCACGGACGCCUUUCUCCCAACCUACUUUCCCAGGGGCUGCUGGACCAACGCCGAUCCCGCCGCCAACGAACCGGCACCCCCGGCCGAUUCCCGCUUCCUCUCCCUGGACGACGGGAGCGCCGCCCCCGGUUUCAUACGGCCGACCAUGUACCGCCUGCCGUCCGACCGGCACGUGCUGAGGCAGGCCAUCGGAAGCGGCGAGCACGACUGCAUGGGUCUGCUCUGCUCGCCGAUGGCCCUCCCCUCCAUGGACCACCCACCGCCUCCCCGAGGACCCCUGCUGCGAGUCGAUCGCCGGGGGGAGGUUGCGGAAGAAAAAGAGGGCGACCGGAUUCUUCCCGACUCUGGGUCCGCCGGAAGAGUGCCGGUGGACURCACCACCAACCGGGAGGCUCCCCCGCGUUGCGGCCGCUGCUAUGCCUACGUCAAUCCGUUUUGGUCCAUGUCCCGGUGCAAUUUUUGCCACAGGUCCAACCGGUYCCAGACCCAGUCGCAGCACGGAGACAAGGCCGGGACCGUCGACUACCCCGUGGAGGGACCCUACGUGACCCGCGAGACCUCGCCCGUAAGGCCCCACUGGGUCUUUUGCGUCGACCUGACCAGCCCAAAGGCCGUGGACUACGUAGACCUGGUCCUGGACGAGGUCUGGCCGGCAUUCUACCGGGACGUCGUGCUGCCCCACACGGAAACCACGCAGGGACAGCACGGAAGGCGCGUCUUCGCUCCCCGGGUGGCCAUGGUCUUUGUCUGCUCGACCGGGGUCUACAUCCCGCAAAAGGGGGGAGCCGGGGAAGACGGACCGCUCUCGAGGGACGGAUUCCUAGUCAUGCCCGAGGUGGCCGACGGGGAGGCCUUUUCGCCGAUGCCUCUGGAAGAAUGGUCCUGGUCCCUGCCGGACGAAUACGACGACAUGCUGCACCUGUGGACCUCUCGGAUCCGCCCGGUCCUGCUCCCCAGGCUCAUCGACGAGAAGGUCCGGAACUACCACAAAAACACUGCCAGCACCAGCCAGGCCGAGCGCCUCGGGGCCUAUUCCAUGUCGCCGGGGGGAGCGGCCCUGGAAUUCCUCGUGGACGCCCUCUCCGAAACGGGUGGCCGGGCCGUCUUCUGGACCUGGCGAAGGCCCAACUACGGAAUCGGGGCGCUGGCGGACCGGGAACGCCUGGCGGGGGGGAACCAGCGGAACAAGCCCAAAGGGGGGACCUCCCUCUACAUGCCCCUGCAGGAUGCCACCCAGAGCCCGCAGGUAAAACAGGAUCCGAACCUGAGGGAGGCGGCGGCAUUCUACAAGCGGCUGGGGGAACGCUGUGCGAGGGCCAAGGUGGCCCUGGACAUCGUGGUGCACACCGAUCCGAGCGUUCCCCGGUCCUUCCUGGACCUCGCCACGCUCGGAAGGCUCUGCGAGGUUUCCUCCGGGAGGCUGAUCUGGAUCGGGAAGCCGUCCUACGGGGCCACCGCUGCCUGGAAGCAAGCCAUGCUCGAGGAGGUCCUUCGCCCGUUGUACUGGAGCGGCUGGGACGCCGUCUUCAAGAUCCGCUGUUCCCAGGGCCUACAGGUCAGGGCCAUGGCAUCGUCGGCCGGGAACCUCCUCGCGUCGUCGUCGCUGUCGAGCGACGAGGACGAGCUGGAAUUCUCUGUCGUCACACCGGAAACCUGCAUCGGGGUCACCCUCGAGCACCGCGUGGGGGGGCUGCCAAAACCAAACAACGAGAACAACAAAUUCGCCUACGUCCAGACCGCUCUGCUGUACACCAAUCCCUGGACGGGCGAUCGACGCGUCCGCGUCUCCACACUGGCCAUUUCGGUCACCGAUGCGGCGACGGAGGUCCUCCCGUCGAUGGAUUUCGGGGCCCUCGCGGCCCUCCAGCUCCGGCUGAACCUCCCCCACCCCAACUAUUCCUCGGCAUUUAUGUUUUCGCUGGACAAGAACGGUGCCGACAAGAGCAUCGAUCCGUCGUCCCCGGACCAGAUCGGAGACCGGCUCCUUACCGACGCUCGGCACGGGAUGCUCACCGCGAUGCGCCAGGUCCUGGUGGCGCACCGCGCCAUGUCCUCCCGGCACGGGGGACCGCCGUCGAUGGCCCCGGCGUCCCUACAGCAGUGGCCGCUCUUUGUCAUGGCGGCCCUGAAAUCGCCGCUCCUGAGGCCCAGCAAGCCAAGGCAGGGGCAGCGAUCCCUAGCGCCCUCGCCGGGGGGCGACGAGCGGGCCUACUACAUGUACCACGCCCGGAGGGCAUCCCCGGCGUGUGCCUCGCUGCUGGUCAGUCCGUUGCUCUUCGAUCUCGGCGCCGCGUCCUUCGAGUGGAAGAACGCCGGAUCCCGCUACGCCGACGCGACCGCCAACCUUAAGAACAGCCCGGUGGUCGCGAUGCCGUCCCCCACCCCGGCAUCGGUCUCGAAUCUUUCCGCAGACGGAAUCUAUCUCCUCGAUACCUGUUUCAAUGCGUACGUCAUCGUCGAAGAGGGCGCGGAGUGCGGGGACCAGGGCAGCGACGGGUUGUCCCAGGAGCUGGAGGAGAAGAUCCACAACGCCGUCCAGCAGCUACGGCUGUGGUCGCAGGUGGGCCGGGAACCCAGGUGCCURCGCCCGUCGGCGGGUCUCCCGGUGGUGGUGGUGCGCAAGACGGAAGACUUUGUGCAAUACCAGGAACUACUGAAGUGGAUGGUACUGGACGCUACCUCCCACCACCAGGACUUUGAUUCGUUCUGCAGGUUCGUCUCGAACGAGAUCCAGAAACAACUCUAACGAUAGCAAUGCAAUCCCAAUGCCAUACAAGCCGACAACACGAAGGAGCACAUGGCACGGCGAACUGCUCGGUUGCUUCCACCUGGCAACAGGCGUCAUCCAUCUCGCGUUUCCAUGUUGAGGAACAAGGUUGAUUCAAUUCAAACCCAAACAUCCAAUUUCAAUGAUGCACAUUAGAAGACCUCUCAAUGCGAUACCGGACUAAAUUGUGAAGUCACAU